AUGUAUGCACCAGCGGAAUGCACUGUCAUUUCGCACAUUGGUCGCGUCUUCCCGGAAACCCACCCAUCUCACAUCGGUCGCAGCUUUGGAGCUUCUUCAUGGGUGGUUGACCCAACCGAUCACAACAGGCUUGUCCCGAUCGGCACUAUCGGCGAACUACUAGUGGAGGGACCUGUGGUUUCCACUGGCUAUCUGAAGGACCAGGCAAGGACUGACCAGGUCUUUGUCAACAACCCUUCCUGGCUCUCCCAGUUCCGUUCGAAUUGUGGGAGAAUGUACAAGACUGGUGACCUUGUGAGACAAAUGCCGAAUGGUUCCCUGCAAUUCCUAGGACGUAAGGACGAUCAGGUGAAACUUCACGGUCAGAGACUCGAAGUUGGUGAAGUUGAACACUGCUUGAUGUCUGUUUGUAAAGACGUCAAGGCUGUCGCGGUUGAGUGUGUCAAGGUUGCAAGCCAGAACAACCGGGCUGCGUUAGUCGCCUUUCUCGCCCCGCACAAUGAAGGAACAUGGGGCCAACUUCCAGGCGACAAUGCUUCUGAGGACAGUGAUUUACAGUGGAUUACUCCACCAAAUGAACUAUUCUACUCCACCAUUGAAGCGAUGGACUCAUCUUCGCGGGAUCAACUUCCAACGUACAUGGUUCCCACGUACUUCAUACCUAUCGCCCAUCUUCCUCUCAGUCUUUCAGGAAAGAUCAAUCGACGUCUUCUGCGCGAAGAGUUUUCGAAGGGCAUCUCGAAUAACCUCGAUCGGUAUCAGUUGAGAACUAGUAGAGUCGAGCUGGGGGAGUCACCGAAAACUGCACAUGAUCGAGACAUUCAAGAGAUUAUGGCAAAGGUUCUCCAUUUAGACACUCAAUCAGUACCUAUGAACAGCAAUUUCUUCAAUCUUGGAGGAGAUUCCAUCUCGGCGAUGGCUGCUUCCACGCUCGCCAGACGGAGAGGUAUUGACUUGACGGUUGCUACCAUCUUUACGCAUCAGAUCCUAUCCAAGAUCUCUUUGGCAUGCGCUCCAGUCAAUGGAGAGGCGACAAAGAACGCGGUACACAACGCUAGCAUUGGCGAGGAACAGGCUGGAAACGCUCCCAAUGGCGGCCAGAUCUCUCUUGAUGAACUCCCAAGUCACAUUCCACAAGAUGUCUUGGACAAUGUCGUUGAAGCCAGCCCUGCGACCGAGUUCCAAGUGAUGACUUUGUUCAACUUUUACAGUCGUCACCUAUGGAUAUCAUUGCCUGGCGGAGUAGAUGAGAAGCGCUUAGAGGUUGCUUGUAAUAGCCUCGUCCAGAAGCACUCCAUCUUGCGCACAGUCUUUUACACCAAUGCCGAUGGUUCCAUCAUCCAAUUGACUCUACGCGAGAUGCCAGUCUCAUUGACGCACUAUUCAAAUAUCGAUGAUCUGGAAAGGCAUUGUGCAGAUGACUCGCUUGCUAUGGGCGUACCUACUGACGGUAACCCUGGACUACAGGUUCAGCUCUUGAAGUUGAGGGAUUCGCGAAUGUUCUUAGCAUUACGACUACCCCAUGCACUUUUUGAUGGGAUGUCUCUGAGUACUAUCUGCGAAGACCUCAGUUCUGCGUACACAGGACAAGAGAUGCUCCCUUGCGCUCAAUUCUCAGACCAUGUACAACGCGUCUGGCAGAAGCGAACACCCGAGACUUAUCAGGUAUGGAGAGAUAUUCUACAGGAUGCUCCCGUAACUGCCAUGAGUAAUGAAAGUGACUUUCUCCCGAAGAAAGCUGCGUCGAUAUCUAUCACACACGAACCUCGAGGAGUGACUGCAACAUUGGAGACUACGCCAAUUUCACCACCUAAGAGUACAACCAUGGCAACAUUGGUCAAACUGGCGUGGGCAGUCACACUCUCCAGACUUUUUACUACUAGCCAGAAGUACGACGGGGCGAGUGAUGUUGUCUUUGGACAGGUUGUUCACGGUCGUGGUCUUGGAAUACCCCACGAAGACCGCAUCGUUGGACCAUGCCUCAAUAUUAUCCCAGUACGAGUGCACUUCCCACGAUCGCCCAACAAACACGACCUACUUUCUCAAGUGCAGCAACAGCACGUCCAGACAAUGCCAGUUCAAAACCUUGGUCUUGGUGAGAUCACUAGCAAUUGUACAUCGUGGGAACCUGGCACCAAAUUUGGCAGUUUUGUGAGAUUCCAAAACUUUACCAACAGCGAUGAUCCUACGUGUAUUUUUGAUGGAAAUAUUUGCGAGACGGGAUUGUACAGUCUUCCGAAUCGACCGUCCAAGACGGCCAAUGUGCUUGUUGUUCCAAAGGGCUCCCGAUUGAAGAUUACAAUGACUGUUUCUAGUGAAGUGUUGGAUGAUGAGGCGGCGGAUUAUGUGGUUAAAUACUUUGGUGAUAUGAUUGAGAGCUUGGGCAAAGAUGAGGACGACUGCAGUUAUCUGUGUUAG